UCAACUGCAUGGGCUCAUCCGACCCGUGCGAUGCAGAAUGAGGGAAAAUCUUGCCUGUGCACCAGCUAAUAGAUCUACAGCUAAGGAUGCGCCAUACUUUUCUUUUUAACGGGAAACCAGACUUCGGAGCAAAGCUCACCCUAUCCAUCGCUACGCUGAAUUAAGCUGUUACCGGAGGAAUAACAGAGGCUAAACUUUCCAGAGGCCGACCAUGCCAACGUCCAGCGAAGCUCUUCGCCUGAUCCGGAAGUACACGGACUACGUGCCCAGUGGGCCGACCUUAUACCGGGGCCCGGUGCCGCUACCUAAUGUGGAGAUAAAACGCCCUAUCACUCUACCCAGUGUGACCAUCUGUGACGUCAGAGGUCUGACCUGUUACAACCAGAGUCGGGAUGGAGACAGCUGCAGUAGUGACGUCAGAAGGGUGCCGCCCUCUAUGUUACAGGGAGCCUCUCACAAGAAGCUGCCACCUAUCCACGUCCCAGUGGGUAGUACCGGAAGUCACCCCCAGCCCUGCCUAGAGUCUCCAAGUCUCUCGGAUGUUAGGACAGGCGAGAGGGAAAAGGGGUAGGUGUGGCGAAUUUCUGAAACAGUAUCCCGGUUUGGUUUUGACUGGUAGCAACAGAAGGCCGCAGGCAGUGGCGGGGUGUAGUGAAGGGCUAAAGGGCUUGAGCCCCACCCCCAACUAUUUCCCUCCGUAAAUGAAUGUUCCUUCUAAAAAACGAGAUAAUCAGUUGAAACCUUUAGAACUGUUUCAGAAUCUUCCUCCUCCGCCUUUAGUCGCAUGCGGUGAACACACACGCUAGCUCGUUUAUCCAAUCCCUGUAGCAACCGCACAACAAUAGUAACCUAACAGCCAAUCAAAUGUGUUCAGGGCUCAGCAAAGGAUGAGCCCAUUCCGGCGGUCCUUUUUUAAUUAAACUCUACUUGAAAAAAAGUGUUUAAAAAAAAGAACCAA